AUGGCGCAUGGAUAUGCGGGGCAGGCGGCGGCACGCCACGCGCCUGCGCCCCCGCACGGCGAUGGUGGUGCCGGACAGUCCACGGCAGAGCGCGGUGCCCCAGAUGUCGCAGACGAAGAGUCGAUCGCCUUGCCGCUCAUAGAGUCUCAGUCGUCCAGCAGCGGCCGCGGCUGCCACGGCGGGCGGCGGCUAGCGGCAGCCCUCGCCGGAGCGGCGCUCGCGGCGGUGCUCGGCCGGUCCGCCCUGGCGCCGCUGGCCUCGCUGGCGGGGUGGCGCGCGGCGCGGCCACAGGCCAGACAUCCGAGGAUGACGUCGCUGACGCAGGCUUCGGCGGCCGACGCCGAAGGCGCCGGUGCGGCCAGCGAGGGGUUCAGCGCGGGCAACAUAUUCGACAUCGUGGCGACGGAGAUCGAGCAACAGUUGGAGCUCGAACAGGGGCACGAGAGCGAUCUGGAGAGCAGACGGCCGUGGCCAAGCCUGGGCACGCCGUCAAGGGCACGCUCGAGUGGCAGGUCGUCUUCGAGGGGUUCGUCCGAGUGCGGAGCAGCGCCGGCACCUCGGGCAACAACACGGUGGGGAAGAAGGGCCCACAGGGCGCCAUCGUCGUGGGCAAGGCCACGAGCGGCUGGGUGA